AUGAUUACCACAUUUUUACAUCAAUUUCGAUCAAUUCAUUUUCUAUCAUUUUAUUUUUUAAUAAUGCUUGUGCUAUUCUAUUUUAUUCAAACAUCGACAGGUAUCAAUCCGUAUCAUUAUCAACAACAGCAACAACAGUAUAAUUCAUUAUUUAAUAAUAAGCACGAUAAUGAUGAGAUAAUUAAUCGUUUAAAGGGCAAUAUUCAACUAUAUUUACAUCAACAAGAGUCUGAUUCUAAUGAUGGCAACAAUAAUGAUUUAAACGAACAACAAGAAGAUUAUGAUGAUUAUAAUAAACAAAAUAAAUUAGCCAAUAUUCAUAUUAAUCCAUCAUGGUUAUUAAGACAAACAAGAAAUCGAAUUUAUGGCAAACCAUUGUGGAUAUCACGUACAGGUUAA